AUCUGAUCACCUGAAAUUAAACUUGGAAGAGAAACCUUUUCAACUCCAAAAAUGUUGGAGGAAGAUAUGGAAGUGGCCAUCAAGAUGGUGGUUGUAGGGAAUGGAGCAGUUGGAAAAUCAAGUAUGAUUCAACGCUAUUGCAAAGGCAUUUUUACAAAAGACUAUAAGAAAACAAUUGGAGUUGAUUUUUUGGAGCGACAAAUCCAAGUUAAUGACGAAGAUGUCAGACUAAUGUUAUGGGAUACAGCAGGUCAAGAAGAAUUUGAUGCAAUAACAAAGGCCUACUAUCGAGGAGCCCAGGCUUGUGUACUUGUAUUUUCUACCACAGACAGGGAAUCUUUUGAAGCAAUUUCCAGUUGGAGAGAGAAAGUAGUAGCUGAAGUUGGAGAAAUACCAACAGUACUUGUACAGAACAAGAUUGAUCUCUUGGAUGAUUCUUGUAUAAAGAAUGAGGAAGCAGAAAUGCUUGCAAAAAAGUUAAAGCUAAGAUUUUACAGAACUUCAGUGAAAGAAGAUUUAAAUGUCAAUGAAGUUUUUAAAUAUUUGGCUGAAAAAUAUCUUCAAAAACUCAAACAACAAAUAACUGAAGAUCCAAAACUAGUACAUUCAAGUAGUAACAAAAUUGGUGUCUUUAAUACAGGUAGUGGAAGUUACUUGAGCCAGAAUUCAAACACCCUGAAUGGUGGAGAUGUCAUCAACCUUAGACCAAACAAACAGAGGACCAAGAAAAACAGAAAUCCAUUUAGCAGCUGUAGCAUACCCUAAAAUGUUUUAGGGGAGAAACAGAUUUAAUUACAGUGCAAUUUAAUAAGAAAUACAUCUGGCUAUCUUUGUAUGUCACAAGAUUUUUGGAAGACUUUGCAUCUAAUGGCUCUCUGAAAAUUGACAGACCUAGACAUUUGUUUCUGCAAUGCUUUUCAGAAUCAAGUGACACCUUUAAUGGAAAAAUUACUGCCCUGUGGAUUCAUUUUAACUUUUCUACAUUAGACGAAGCUUCUCCUGUUUCUGAAAGAAUGCCAUAAGAAAUGUCAAAAACAGGUCUAGCUGAAUUUUAAAUGCUGUAAAACAAAUGCAAUGUCUAAAUAUAUUGGUAUAUAUUUUAAUAUUAUGGGCCUAGAAAAGAUAUAAGCGUUGUUUUUCUGUGAAAUUGGCCCUCUUAAUUUUUCUGGGAAAUGGUAUGAAUCUAUUUACUUACAAAAAAUAUAUUGAAAGGUAAACCCUAAAUCUUGUGAGGCUGUAUAAGUAUGUAUUUUGGCAAUAUUGUGCUAUAUCUGUAUAAUGUAGAAUAUGGAGAUGUGUUGCAGAUAUCUGGUACUGAAGUAAACAAAGUGUAGACAGUAUUUAAGGAAACAAAAUCUAAUUCAUUCAUAAAACCAUUUACACAUAGUGUACAAACAUUCAUUAAAAGUUUAUUUUCAGAUAAGAAAUCCCAUACAUAUAUUUUUCAAAAUGAGCUUGAUUUUAAGUACUUUUGGUGCCAAAAAUACCAUGCCUGAUUUUUACAAUG